GUAUUCUCUUUUUUAUAACCACUUGAAGAACAUUGAGGAAAAUGAAGGCGGCCUUGAUAAGUUUUCCAAGAGUUACAAAACCUUUGGAGUUAACCAAUUUGCAGAUGGUGGAAUAUAUUGCAAAGAGUGGGCACCAGGAGCAGAAGCAGUGUUUCUCGCUGGUGACUUCAAUGGCUGGAAUCCAUUUUCUCAUCCGUAUAAGAAGAUGGAAUAUGGGAAGUGGGAGUUACUCAUUCCACCUGGCCAAGAUGGUUGUCCUCCUGUGCCCCAUGGAUCAAGGCUAAAGGUGGUGAUUCGUGCUCAGAAUGGCGAACUCCUCUACCGUAUUUCACCUUGGGCAAGAUACGUAAUCCGUGAUGAAGACAAAGUGAAUUAUGAUUGGGUACAUUGGAAUCCACCACAGUCUUAUAUACAUAAGCAUCCUUCCCCUAAGAGAUUAAAAAGCCUAAGAAUCUAUGAAUCUCAUGUGGGGAUUGCUUCCCCAGAAGGGAAAGUAGCUUCUUAUAAAAAUUUCACAUACAAUGUGCUACCUAGAAUAAAGGAUCUCGGAUAUAACUGUGUCCAGCUGAUGGCUAUUAUGGAACAUGCAUACUAUGCCAGUUUUGGUUAUCAGGUCACAAGCUUCUUUGCAGCAUCAAGCCGUUACGGAACUCCAGAUGACCUGAAAGAAAUGAUCGACGUUGCUCACUCAAUGGGCAUCACUGUUCUGCUCGAUGUAGUGCACAGCCAUGCAUCCAAAAACUCUGAAGAUGGUCUCAACAAAUUUGAUGGUACAGAUUCUUGUUUCUUCCAUUCUGGUCCUAAAGGAACUCAUCAGCUCUGGGACAGCAGGCUCUUUGACUAUGCAAA